AAAACGUAAGCGUGCGGCAGUGUUGCAAUGGCCUUUGCUGCGACAGCACUUUGCGGCAGCAGGGAGAGCUCGAGGAGAAAGCCAGCGAAUAACGUCGCCGCUUCACGAGCCCUUUUCGCCUCAAUAAUCCGUGGAUUUACGCCUUCUUCGGCGGAGCCACACCCGCGGUGUUGUCGUAUCUCCGCUUGGCGUCGUGAAUGAACUUGUGUCCGACGUUUCCCAAGCGCGAAUCGCCACCUUGAUGCGGUGGGAUGGCCACAGUGCCGCCUGGGCCUAGUAGCGCACUGCCCGCAUCCCCGGCUGAAAGUCCACCUUUCCCCGGGGCUGGGUGCGAAGACGGAGGGCCGUGUCGACCCGGGGAGGACCCCGCGUCGGGGAAGCCGCUCGCCGAAGCCAAGCAACCGGGCAAGAAGAAGCCGAAAAACAUGCUAACUCGAGCUAGCCCGCCGGCGUUGCAUCUCAAAAUGCCAACCGUGGAGCAGCAGCUGCUCAACGGCUUGUCCGGUAGUCCCGUGGAGGAACCGGGGGGACACCUUGACAAUACGAGACCACCCGCGGACGACUGUGACAGCAGCGGCGAUGACGGGACCCCGAACGACAUGGAUCACUGCCAACACGAAGGCCCCCGCUCCAAAAACGGCUGUCACUCGCCGCUGGUUAACAAUAGUAUGAACGGGAUGCCGGCCCGGACGAGAAUUCAGGCGGCGCCGCUCGCUUCCGGGAGCUCUGGGGACACGGAGCAACCCCAGCCGCCCUCGGACGAGCUUGCCCGGCUCGAGUUGGGCGCCUCGCCGCUGGAGGACACCCACGACAUUUGUUAUGUACGCUACGAGUCCGAGCUUCAGAUGCCGUGGAUCAUGAGACUGAUCACCAAGGACUUGUCUGAGCCUUACUCCAUUUACACGUACAGGUACUUCAUCCACAACUGGCCGCAGCUCUGCUUCCUGGCCAUGGUGGAGCAGGAGUGCGUCGGCGCCAUCGUGUGUAAACUGGACAUGCACAAGAAGAUGUUCCGGCGCGGGUACAUCGCCAUGCUGGCUGUCGACUCCAAACACAGAAGGAAAAGCAUCGGUACUAAUCUGGUGAAGAAGGCCAUCUACGCCAUGGUGGAGGGCGACUGUGACGAGGUUGUCCUAGAGACGGAGAUCACCAACAAGUCGGCGUUGAAGCUGUACGAAAACUUAGGCUUUGUGCGGGACAAGCGGCUCUUCAGAUACUAUCUGAACGGCGUGGACGCACUCAGGCUCAAACUGUGGCUACGCUGAGUUUGAGGACGGAAGGGGCGGGGGGGGGACUGGACAAGCGAUCAGCCUGCCUGCCUCAUUUCACUUUUGACACAGACACACACACACACAUCCAUACAUGCAACAGUAUGCACAUUUAAAUGCAUAGACACAUACACAGACACAUGCACACACUAUUCUUGCCCUCCAGGUGUUUUCCAUGAAGGCCCCUUCUUUCUCCCGACAUGAAAAAAAGAUGGAGGAGUGCGGGGAAUUGGAGGCCAGGGUCUCCGAAUGACCUUGAUAACGUUUUUCGACCUUCAAACUUUGGGAGUGGAUGCAUGGACGGAAGAAAAACAAGUAAGCGUGGGGUCUUAAAGACCCAACCCCCCCAAACUUAAUGGUGGAGUUUAUUUUUGUGUUUCUUUUUUAAAAAGUUUGGGAGCGGUCAUGACGCAUACAUACAUGCGUGUGUGAUUGACUGCCCACUUUGGUGUGUGAGUUUAUCAGUUCCCUGUAUGUCCACUUGGUGGAGCUGUUUCUGCCACACACACCUCAAAGGACUGAAGCCUGUGUCAAGACGUGUUAUUUUAUUGUGUGUGUGUUACGGAUCACUCCACGAGCAUCAAACAUCAACCUCCACUUUUUUUUCUUUUUUUUCAAGCUCCAAAAGCUUUCAAAACCCCACCCGCCGCCUCCCCCACUUCCAAAUGCAAUGUUCCUGAGAGUCAGUCAGUUUUGCAAAUUCCAGCUAGCAGAGGGUUCGCCUUCGAGCUUGUUCGCAGUGUUCCGCAUCACGCUGCUGCCGUCUUUCUGUUUUAAGUUCAUCUCAAUGCGAAAAACAAAAACUGAAAACCACAAGACUCUUGUUAAAUGGUUGCUUUCUUCAAAAGAACAAAUGUCAGAUGCACUUGUUUGGAAGUUGUAUGUACGUGUGUCCUAUUUUGAUUUCACUGUGGAUUUAUUUCGUUCUUGUUCAAACAACCCCGUACACACAAAAACUAUUUUUUUUUAAAUGUUCCGCUCGAUGGAAGGAAAACGCAAUUUUCCUUUUUGUAGACGACUAAAAAAAACAAAACAAUUGGAACUCACAACUUAGGGCUGCAUUGAAAGAAAAGAAAACAAUAAUAUUGAAUUUGUAAAAUUAGCUCCAGUAAAAGAAACACUGCAAUAUUAUAAUAAAAAAUCCCAUAUUGAUUUUUUUCUGACAAUGGUGCAACUUUGGAAAGCCAUAACUUGCAAUCUUGUCACAGUUUUGAGAAAUAUAUGAAUGCCAUUUUUGUUAAUUCCCCCCCAUCCCCCCCUUGUCGAUUUGGGGCACUUGCAAUUCAUCUAAAUAUGCAAACACACUCCUGCUGACCUGUUUUUAUCACGCCGAUAUGCUGCCAAAAGUUACGUCAGACGAGGGCAACAAAAAAAUCGUAGUGCCACUUUUUGCUCAAAAGAACCUUUUUUGAGCCCUUUUUUUUUUCAGACUGGCUGUUUACUUAUGCGCUUCUAGAGGUGUUGCCAUGGCGACGGGGCUAAUUGAACCGUCUUCCAUACGUCAAUCUGGACAAAUAAAGCUUGAAUCAGCCGUGCGACUAUUCCCUGAUAUGUCAUAAUACUGUGAAUCGAACAGUGCCGUCGUUUUUUUUUUUUUUUUUUAAGGCAUAGCCUGAGUGCAUCUGACUAAAGGGCUUUGUCGUCUUUAUCAUUUAGAAAA